ACUUAUACACUCUCACACACUCCUCAGCAACACUGCAUUCAACACAGACCCAUUGAACUGUGCACCAGGCACUGUGCUUACCAGCCCACAGUACCGGCAUCGAACAAGUACCUGCAGAAGAAAUGGGACCAGAGCAGGUACGAGGAGCACAGGCGCAAGGUUGUAAAAGCUAGACCAGUGGUGGACACCAAGGGAUUCCAAACCCCUGCUCACCUCCACCUGAAACUUAAGAAAUUACAGCUGGAAGAGGAGCGCCUGGCCACCAUCGAGAGAGACAACCACAUCUUGUCAUCAAAACUGUCUGACAUCAUGAGGUCUAAGGGACUGGUGGACCAUAGGAACAGCUACCCAGAGAGGAGCCUCAAUGCAGAGAAGCGGAGGCAGCAGCUGCAGGAGGUGAACCGGGUUAACCAGGGCAUCCUGGAGCGCAUCACGAUCCAAGAGUCCGAGUACCGGCGCCAGAGGUGGUCGCCAGGUACCCGCACAGAGUCACCAACCAGCAGAGGUAUAAGAAAGUGCUUUUUCAACAAGUCACAGACCUCAACGAGAAACAGAUCUCAAGCAGCUUGUCUGAACAGUGACCAGGCUAACAAAGUGGACAGUGAACACUGA